CGACCAGUCAUCGACCUCGCAGGUUUCCAAUAACUUCUCGAGACCAUGUGCUGUAUGUUCUGUCAGCGUCGUCGCUUUUGGGAGGGUUUGAGUCUUGAAACAACAUGAGGGACUACACAAAUGCAAUCAUCAUUGGGGGAGGUGCCUCCGGCAUCUCCAUGGCCUACAAACUCACCAGAAUGGGCUUUCGAGAUUUUACGAUCUACGACAAAAUGGAGGGUAUUGGUGGAACAUGGUAUGCAAAUACCUAUCCUGGCUGUGGCUGCGAUGUUCCCAGCCAUCUGUACAGUUUCUCCUUUGCCCUGAACCCGGACUGGUCAAAAGCGCUCUGUGAACAACCAGAAAUUCUGGCCUAUCUCAACAAUGUGGUGGACAAAUUCGGAUUACGAGGCUUCUUCGAGUUGCAAGUCGAGUGUUUAGGAGCUGUCUGGAAUGAAGAAGAACGCAUCUGGGAAGUAAGGUUGAAAAACCUUGUCACGGGUAUCGAGUAUACACGAACGGCGACCAUUUUUGUCUCUGCGGUUGGUGGCAUCAGCGCCCCAAGGGAAGUCGAUCUUCCUGGCAAGGACACUUUCACAGGCGAAAGCUGGCAUUCCGCACGAUGGGACCACUCCUACGACUAUACAGGCAAGAGGUUGGCAGUCGUUGGAAAUGGCUGCAGCGCAAGCCAAAUUGUUCCUAAAGUCGUCCAGAAAGCUUCGUUUGUCAAGCAAUACUCACGAUCGGCCCAGUGGUACCACGAAAGACCCAACAAGUCAACUAGCAGCUUGUCGAAAGCGCUCUGCCGAUACGUCCCCCUCUAUCAAAGAUACCUUCGCUUCCGACUAUUUUCAUUGUUCGAAACUAUGACUCUCACGUACGGAGAUGGUGAGAAGGCUGCCAAAGAGAGGCUAAAGGUCGAAGCUUCUGCCAUAAAGUACACACUCGACAAAACACCCGAGAAAUAUCACAACUUCAUUAUCCCGGAUUUCCCACUUGGUUGCAAACGUCGCGUCUUUGAUCCAGAUUACCUGGAUUCACUAUCUAGUCCUAACCUCGACGUUACGGCUUCCAAGAUCAAGCAGAUCGAUGGUUCCGUUAUUGAGACCGAGAAUGGCGAUCGCACCGAAUUCGACGCCAUCUGCUAUGCAACCGGCUUCCGGGUCACAGAGUUCCUCACACCUAUGAAAGUUGUUGGAAGAGACGGUGCACUACUCAACGAGAAAUGGAGGGCCGCUGGUGGCGCAGUCGCAUACAAGGGCACGACCGUGGCAGGCUUCCCUAACUUUGCCAUUCUAUUCGGCCCUAAUACCUUCCUCGCGCACAAUUCGGCUAUUUUCAUUCUGGAGAUGGCGGCGGACUACACGAUUCGCAAUAUCUUCAAACCCAUUCUGGACAAACAGGCUGACUCUGUCGAAGUCAAGGAAGAGGCGCAAAACUUCUGGGCCACAAAGAUCCAGUACCAGCUUCAAAAGAUGGUCUGGUCAGGCGGCUGCAGCAACUGGAAUUUGACCAGUAACGGACGGAACACUGCAUCUUACCCUGGCACCGGAAUGGAUCUGGUCUCCUUAUUGGGUGCUCAACAGAUUUCGGAGGUGGCUGAGAACCAUUGUCAAGAACGCAUGGGUCCCAGUUCUGGUGUCCUUGAUAACUUGGCGCCUGGUGGCUCGCCCCGGCGGGACAAGAGGAGGGUUGCAAUCAUUGAGACAGGUGCUUCAGAACUACGCAUCCACUGUUAG